UUUGUUCAGGAUUCUGCCAGAAUCAUAAGGAACACCUUUACGGAAGAGAAAUUGCGUCACGUCCGACUGUCUCUCGUCACGUGAUGAUCCUGGAGACUGUAAUAUGGCGACGUUCUUGUCGCCGCCGCCGCCAGUUGAGGGGAUGGUGAAAUUGAGCCACAAAAGGUACAGAGCACUUUUGAAGAAAGAGAAGCGGAAGAAAAGGAGACAAGCUCUAGCAAGACUGAGAGAUUCAGAAAAUGCAAAUAAAGAUGAACCAAUUUAUGAAGAAGAAUCAAAUGAAGAAGAGAAAGAACUUGAAGAUGAAAGGCAAAGGCUUCAUGAAGAGUGGUUGCUCAGAGAAGAAAAGGCUCAAGAAGCUUUCAAGAUCAGGAAGGAAAGAGAAGAGGCAGCCAGAAAGCGUCAAGAGGAAGAAGAGCAAAAAAUAAAAGAAGAAUGGAAAAAACAACAACAGAAAGAACAAGAGGAGGAAGACCGAAAACAACAAAUGAAGAGAGAAAGAGAGGACGCUGUGCAGAAGAUGUUGGAUCAGGCUGAAAGUCAGCUGGAAAAUGGAACUACUUGGCACAAUCCUGAGCCCCCAGAGAAUAUAGGCACCGAGAAAGAUCGUGCUAAUUGCCCUUUCUAUAUUAAAACUGGAGCUUGCAGAUUUGGGGACAGGUGUUCUCGGAAACAUCAUUAUCCAAGCUCCAGUCAGACCCUUCUUAUCAGGGGAAUGUUUGUUACUUUUGGGAUGGAACAGUGUAAGAGAGAUGACUAUGACACAGAUGCAAGUCUAGAAUACAGUGAAGAGGAAAUGUAUCAACAGUUCCUAGAUUUCUAUGAAGAUGUGCUUCCUGAAUUCAAAAAUGUGGGGAAGGUUAUACAGUUCAAGGUGAGCUGUAACUUUGAACCUCAUCUUCGAGGAAAUGUGUAUGUUCAAUAUCAGUCAGAACAAGAAUGUCAGGAAGCUCUCACUUUAUUCAACGGUCGGUGGUAUGCAGGGCGGCAGCUGCAGUGUGAGUUUUGUCCAGUAACAAGGUGGAAAACAGCUAUUUGCGGUUUGUUUGAAAGGCAAAAGUGUCCAAGAGGGAAGCACUGUAACUUUCUUCACGUAUUCAAAAAUCCAAAUAAUGAAUUCUGGGAAGCCAACAGAGAUAUGCACAUUUGCACUGACUGGGCUAAAGAGGCAAAUAAAAACUCUGAAAGAAGAAAUAGAUUGGAAUACUAUGAAGAACAUUAUAGCAGAUCAAGAAGGAACAAUCAAAGUCCCAAUUAUUCAUACAAUAAAAGAAAUGGAGAAUCUGAAAGAAAAAAAUCUCAUAAGCAUAAGAAAAGUCACGUUUCUGAGAAAUCAGGCAGUCGUGGAAGGCAAUGGUCACACAGUAAAAAGAAAAGAGGACGGAAUCGCGACAGGAGCCUGACAUGUAGUCAUAGUAGAAGUCCAUCUCCUACAAGAAAUAGAGAUAGAAAGAGUAGCAAAGGAAGGAAUAGUUGAACUUGCUGGAUAAUUACUUUUAAGACUUGGAUGUGUUUUGAAAAAGAUUACCUAUAAUCCUAUUAGAUCGAUUAUAAAUUGUUGUGUCUCAAAAUAAAGCUGUUAUGCACUAUGCUAUCUAAAGUUUUGCAAUAAAUUAAAAAAUGAAACAAAUUCCUUGGAACUUGUUUAAUUAACCUGCUAUGGAAAAUGGAUGUUCUUGGUUUUUUUUAAUCUAGCUAAAAUAAGUAUUGUGUAGUAAGUUAAACAACUGAAGUAACAAAAAUCUUUGGUUUACACUUUGUUUAUAUAUAAGUACAUUAAAUAAGUCAAUUAUACUUU